CUCUAUAAUAAUUAUCCUGCUGAGUCGUCUGAUUAAUUAAUCAGGUCAAUAACAACACUUGAGUUCGGUUUCCUUCUUGUUUGGGGUUGCUCUUGGGUUGGUGAUGAAUUGAGAAUAUGGAACAGAACCUGAACCUGUCCAUUUCUCUAUAAAAACAGUAGUACUCUCCACUACCCCUUAAAAACUUCUCUCUUUUUGCUCCAGAUUGAUACCUGUAUUAAAAGCAACAAGUCAAGAUUAAGGAGAGGACCCUCUUUUUUCCUUUUUCUUGCUUUUUUUUCUUCCCUACACAAACACAUGUUGAUUUAUGGGUGCUCAAGAAUUUGUCAUCUGGGUUUAGGAUUGAGAAAUCUGGGAUGAUUUUGUUGGGGAUGUGAGGGUUCUUGAUGACAAUUUGGAUUUUUGCUGAAGAAGGUAGAUUUUGUGGGAAGGGAAAGGCAUGUGCACCAGAUAAUAUAGAUUCUGUUUAAGACACGUUGUUGAGUUCCUCUUUUCCGUCCACACCCUUAUAUCUCUGAAGCUCCCCUCUGCCCCAAACCCUGCAUGCACUGAACUCAAAGCAGAGGAAUCAGAGGUGAGUUAAGUUAAUUAACUAGAGAUGCAGCAAGGAGGAAGAGGAGGUGGUGAUGGUAUUGAUGAGGAGAUGCGGCAGAAUCCUCCACAGGAUCGGAGGUUGAAGCCGUUGCAGCAGGGAGAGAAUCAGAAUCAGCCGCAUCAGCAACAUCAGCCUCAGAAAUGUCCUCGGUGCGACUCUCCGAAUACCAAGUUCUGUUACUACAACAAUUACAGCCUUACUCAGCCUCGGUUUUUCUGCAAGACUUGUCGGAGGUACUGGACUCAAGGCGGAACCCUACGGAAUGUCCCCGUGGGAGGCGGUUGCAGGAAAGGAAAACGGACCAAGUCCUCUUCUUCCGGAGACAAUUCAAGGUCAAUUCAGCAGCAGCCACCGCAAACCUUGAUGAACCCAACAAGCAACAUCCUCUCCUCUAAUCCGGUGAUAGCCGGAAGUCUUGCUUUGAGGGCGAAAGAGCCUGGAAAUCUUGCUUCACCUUCUGGGGUUUUUUCGAUGGGAUCGUAUUACCCUGGCGGCGGCUUCCUGUCUUCUUUAGCAGCAAUUCAGUCUCUGCAUCCACCACCGGGGUUCAAUCAACCCCUUAAUCGGCCUCUCACCGCUGGCGGUGAUCUCGGUGGUUCUUCUAACUUGGGUCUGUUUCAGGGAUACAGGACAUCCGUCCCUUCCUUUGGGUUGCAACAGCCUCCGUCCCAGUUCUACAUGGGAGGCAGAGAAAAGGUUGAAACUUCCAUCAUGUACCAAUCCGAUCAAGAGACGAUGCCUCAGUCUACCAGGGCAUCUCAGAAUUGGCAACAGAAUUUCAUCAACAAUAUUGCUAACCCUAACGCCUCCGAUGCGGCUUUAUGGAGCAUAAGCGCCGCCCCCAGCACCACCCGCAACAACACUGGUUCUUCCUCUCUGAACAGAAAUCAAUGGCCUGAUCUUCCAGGUUACGGUGCUCCUCCAUAACACUACAAAAUCUCCAAAGUUCAAACACUAGCUGAAGGAAUUUUUUGCUUUUACAUACAAUAAACAAAGCUUACAUUACAUCUAUUGCACCAACUUAUUUGUGCUUUGAUUAUAUUAUGUUGGAUUUGGGUAUAAUAUUGAAAGUGCAUGGAAAAGAAGUUUGCUUAGAUAGCUAGGGGAGAAUUUAGUAAUGUGGGUAUUCAUGAUUUCAUGUAAAUGAAAACAAUAGCGGCGAUAGACUUUUGUUGUCAUAUUUCUAAGAGAGAAUUCGAUCCUAUGUUUGGAUUUGAUUGUUCUUCAAACCUUUUUUGAGACUAUAGGUGUAUGUCGUUUUUUUUUAUGUUUAAGAUUUUGUCUUAGAUUGUUUCAUUUAUGCACAAAGAUUUAAUUAGUUUCUGUUGAAAAGAAAAGGAAGAAAAACCUGACUUUUAAUAAGAUUGUUUUUAGUUA